AUGCAUGCAGUUAAGAAGAAGUUAUCAAGAAUGGCUCAUCAAUUCUGUUUAGCUAAUUGGAACGAAGACAACAGCCCAACUCGUGAUGCUAGAGCUCUAAGUUAUUUGAUUGCUUCUAAUUCUCCUUCGUCAGUUGCUUUCAACAAUCCCACAGGAUUGGCUGGUAAUCAAACUAUGCUUCUUAACACAAACCCAACAAAUAAUACUACUAGCCACACUACAAAUGAGGAUUAUUAUCAUUUUCCUAUGGUAAAUCCAACAAUCACCAAUAUUAGUAACUAUAAUGAUAAUCAAACUUCUCCUUCUCAUGACUCGUCCCCGCCGAGACUCUUUGGUUCAUCUCUCAUUUUAGCUCCUACUACCAGAAGAAGUACUGCUCGGUAUAUAAAUACAACACGACCAUCAUCUAUGAAUUCAAGUAUGGCACAACUUGGAGCAGAUGCAUCAAAUUAUCAUCAAGUUCAAAGUAGAAAAACAAAUAAUAAUAAUGGUAUUUCUACUUCAUUUGAUAAUAGUAGAAAUAACGACGUUGUUGCAUCUGCUACUAUUACUUCUAUUGGUACUGGUAAUGCUUUCCUCAAAAGAAGUAGAUCAUCAGAGUUUGUGAGAGGAGAGAGUUCGAAUCAAAGUUCACAAGUUGGUGGAGCCUUCAGAAGACGCACAAAUCCUCCUCCUCCUAGUUUUCAACAUGAAAUUGUAAACAAUAAUAGCAAUAAUAGUGGGUUUUCAAGAGGAGAAACUCAGGUUGCAGUUACUACAUCACCAUUUCCAAGAAAUAAUAAUUUCUUGUCUUCUGAAGUCGUUUCAUCUUUAUCCUCUCGAAGUCCAAGAUGGGAGUUUAAUAGUUUUAGUAAUACCAAUAACAACAACAACAACAACAUCAACACCAAUUUGAAUAUAUUUGAUCCUACUGAACAAAGAUUUGAUGAUACAUUCAAUCAUAGCACCAUAAAUGUUCAACAAUAUGUAAGGCUUUUACCCGGAGGUCACGUGGAUCGAUUUUUGGCUCCAUCUAUUGUUCAUGUGCGGUCUAAUAAUUUUGUACCACGAGGAUCACAGCCACCUUCUAAUCCUUCAACAAGUAGUAACCGUCUAAACCCUCCUUCAGCCCCUACGGUUGUUGAAUCUGAUCAAUACAUGGAGCCGGGUACAAUACUGGCUGGACAGGGGAACCGUCGUCGUGGUAAUAACCACAUUUUCACCUCAACUUCUCCUGAACUUAGGGCUCGGAGGAACAGGCUUAGGGAUGAGCAUCUACGCGCCGGUGGCUCUAUGCGAAGACAGGACAUGUUGACAAUGGAUUAUUCAAUUGUGUUAAAUGUGUUUGAUUCUUUUGAACGUAUCAAUAUGCUACAUAAUAUAGUUGAUUGGCCAUAUGAGGCACUUUUAGCCCUCGAAGAACACAUAAGGAGGGUCGAGACAGGGCUUACUGAAGAAGAGAUCCACGCAUAUAUUGAGACAGAAAUAUAUGUGUCAAAUCCAAAUGAAACCAGUACACAAAAUAAAACUUGCACAAUCUGUCAGGAAGACUAUGUGGAAGGCGAGAUCAUUGGAAGACUAGAUUGCAGACACCUAUACCACCUUGAUUUCAUUAAACAAUGGUUGUUGCAAAAGAAUAGUUGUCCAAUUUGUAAGCGAAUAGCUUUAGAUGUUCAUGAAGAUGAGGAUGAAAGUGACUGA